UCAUUAUAAGUUUUUGCAAAGAAAUAGUUCGUUUGUGAUGGAACCAAAUUCAUGCGUAGCUAUUUUCUUCUUCUUCUUCUUCUUCUUUUUCUUCUUCUUUUUCCAAAUGCAUGCUUCGCUUUCUUUUUCCUUCGAGAUAGGAAGCUUACGUUCUGAGCCUAUCUCACAUGCAGGAUUUGGAAGAUGGUCGAGAUUGAGGAAGCUAGAGAACCUUGACCUUUCAGAGAAUCACUUCAACCAAAGCAUCUUGCCGUAUUUGGGAGCCCUCUCAUCUCUUAGAAGUCUGUCUCUAGCAGGGAAUCUAAUUGAAAGUUCCCAUAUAGGUUUUGAAAUGUUGCCCAGGUUGAGCAAGCUAGAGCAUCUAGACCUAUAUGGCAACUUAUUCAGUAAAACCAUUCUACCAUAUUUGGGUGCACUCUCAUCCCUCAAGAGCCUUGAUCUGAGUUUCAAUAAAUUUGAAGGAUGGUUUCACAUUGAAGAAUUAGCAAACUUGAGCAAGCUGGAGGUGUUGGAUUUGGAAAAUAAUGAGCUGACGGGGUUUGUUGCUCCACUUGCGGAGGCUCUAACUUCUCUUCAAGCCUUAUCUUUGAGUUCCAAUCGACUUAAUCGCUCCCUAACUCUCGAAGGUUUGUGCAAACUGAGGAACCUCCAAGAAUUGGACAUAAGUGAUAAUGAAUUAGAGGAGAGCCUACCUCCUUGUCUUGGCAACUUGUCAUCCCUUCGAUUCCUGGAUCUCUCUCGGAAUAGAUUGGGAGGGUUCAUCUCCUCAUCUCUCAUUGCCAAUCUAACAAUGCUGGAGUACAUUUCUCUCUCUUAUAACCGUUUUGAGGGGUCUUUCUCAUUCAGCUCAUUUGCUAACCUGUCCAAGCUAGAGGUGGUGGAACUUUUAGUUUUAAAAAAUCCCAAAUUUGGAAAAGAAUUUAUAACUUAUCCCAAUCAAUUAGUUAUAGGAACUGAAUCUCCAUCUUGGGCUCCUACAUUCCAGUUGAAAGCCCUUCACUUGUCAAAUUGUAACAUCAACAAGCCCACCGGUAUCAUUCCCAACUUCCUUUCCAGCCAAAAUGACUUGAGAUCGUUGGACCUUUCCCACAACAACAUGGAAGGGAAGUUCCCCUCUUGGUUGUUAGAGAAUAAUCAAAGAUUAGAAGUACUAAACCUAAGAAGCAACUCCUUCGUCGGCUCAUUCCAUCUGCCACCUCAUCCUAGCAACCUGCAUGCAUUUUGGUUCGACAUGUCCAACAAUCAUAUCCAUGGACAAAUUCCUCGAAAUAUAGGUUUGCUCCUUCCAAAUUUAGAGUACCUGAACAUGUCCACAAAUGUUCUGGAUGGCACCAUUCCUCCCUCAGUUGGUGACAUGAAACAAUUGAUUUCUUUAGAUCUAUCUAGAAACAAUUUCUCAGGAGAAAUACCAGAGCAAUUGGCCACCGGUUGCAUCUCAUUGCAAAUUUUGAAGCUCUCAAACAAUGCAUUGCAAGGCCUAGCAUUUCCGAAGCGUUCAAACUUGACUCAACUGACUUACUUGUCAUUGGAAAAUAAUAGGUUCACAGGGAAGAUCUCACCUGGUUUGUUCAAAAGCUUACAACUAUGUAAGUUGGAUAUCAGUGAAAACUACAUCUCGGGUAGUCUUCCUAGUCAGAUUGGGAACUUUUCCGAUUUGUUGACGCUUGUCAUGUCUAAAAAUUAUUUUGAAGGCCCUAUUCCAGUUGAGUAUUGUAAACUCAGCAUGCUUGACCUUUUGGACCUUUCCCAUAAUAAUAUUGUUGGGUCCAUACCUUCAUGCUUUGACCAAACUGCUUUGAGGUUCAUGCAUUUGCAAGGAAAUGGGUUCACAGGAUCAGUGCCAAAUGCUUUAUCCAAUAUUUCCUCCAUAGUUACAUUGGACAUCCGGUAUAACAAUAUAUCUGGUAGCAUUCCCGAUUGGAUUGGUGUACUUCCAAAUUUGAGGGUACUUCUACUUAAAGGAAAUCAUUUGCAAGGUCACAUCCCCAUUCACUUGUGUCAACUGAACAACAUCAGCAUAAUCGAUCUUUCAAAAAAUAAUCUCUCUGGGGAAAUUCCAUCAUGCUUAGGUAAUAUGAUGUUAGGGAGCCGGGAAGUAAUUGAUUCAUCAUUUUUUCGUCAAUAUUACUACUCUGGGAUGAGUAUGAAUAGAAGCACGUAUAUGCCAAAAAGACGUAUUCAUGUGUAUCCGCCUCUCAAUGUCUACGAUGAUUCUUUGGAGGAGCAAGAAGAAGUGGAGUUUAUAACGAAGAGCAGGUCAGAGACUUACAAGGGUGACAUUCUUUACUUUAUGUCCGGAAUAGACCUGUCAUGGAACCAAUUAACAGGUGAAAUCCCACCUGAAGUUGGAAAUCUAAGCAGGAUGCAUGCAUUGAACUUGUCGAACAAUCAAUUAACAGGAGAGAUUCCAGAAACCUUCUCCCACCUAAAACAGAUAGAAAGCCUAGACCUCUCUUACAACCGAUUGAACGGGAAGAUUCCUUCUCAACUAACUGAGCUCAACUUCUUAUCUACAUUCAGUGUCGCUCACAAUAACUUAUCGGGUAGGAUACCUGACAUGAAGGCACAGUUUGCAACCUUUAAAGAAACCAGCUACGAAGGCAACCCCCUACUCUGCGGACCACCAUUGAAGAGUUGCUACUCCACUUCUCUACUACCACCUUCCGUGCCGACAACUUCAGAUGAUGAGGAAGAAGAUUUUGACAUAAACUUCUAUGCGUGCUUUCUGGCAUCUUAUGUUGUGUGGUUCUUGGUUUCCGUAGCAGUUCUCUAUGUCAACCGCUACUGGCGAGAAGUGUUCUUUGGUUUCGUCGACAGAUUUAUCUAUUCAUGCUACUAUUUUGCUUUGGACAACCUUUGCAAAGCUAUUGCCCAUGUAACUAAAUAAACUCCAAACUUGAUCACUUUUUUCCAUAUGUCUAAGCUGUAUAAGAUUAAUAACCAUGCUCAUGCAUCAUUGCUCUUUUAUCCUGGUCCUUGUUUUCCCUUCAUUUUGUGAUUAGAUAUGCAAGCAGGUUGAUCUGCAAAUGUAUGAUUUGAUUAAGAGGGACUGAUAAUACCCAUUGAUGUUUCCAAGCACCCAUAAUAUGGAGGUGAUUACAUUUCAAUCAUUUCCAAGCACCCAUAAAUGAACCCUUAAUGUUAGGGAAUCUGGUGAUGUUGAAAAAAGUUUUU